AUGGGCGACCGUACAUCUCCAGGACUUGAUGAGUCGUCCGGCGAGCGAGCUACGAAACGCCUCAAGGUAGACGAUUCAUCGGCAUCGCAACCCAGUGGUGCCGAAGCUGCAGCCCCGGCUAUUCCAGACGGCGGUAGUGUCAAUGGAUUGUCGAAGAAGCCUUCCGAACCCGCAGCCCCUGAAUCUGGCGCCCCCGCUGCUGGUGGUGCUGAGAUCACCAUGACCGAUGCACCUCGUGCAUCUGAACAUCUUACCGCUCAGCCUGUUUCUUCCGGGACUGAGGUCGCUCAGACGAAUGCUACUGAGCCUAGUAAAGACGCAAGGGAUCGUGGCGGCGUGGCUCCCGUAAAGGCCGAGUUCUACAGAUACUUAAUCAGACGAGAGCCGCAGGACGUGGGCGUUGAUGACGAUGCUGCGGAAGGGCGGACGCAGGGCAACGCGGGAGACGAACGGAGCCAUGACGCCCGCGACAAGCGAAGCAACCGCGAGAAGAAGCCCAGAGGUCAGAACAAGGAGCGCACCUUUGGCCACUUCGACGACGCCAUCCGCCUAUGCAACACCCGCGCCUUCUCCUCCGAGUUCUCACCGCGCGAGUGCAAGUUCGGCGACCGAUGCAAGAUGUCUCACCAUCUGCGCAAGUACCUCGAGGAAGGACGCCGUGCCGACGUCGAGUGCUUCGGCGGGAAAUGUCCCGUCUUCGAGCAGUGUGGUCGGUGCCCUUCGGGAUGGAAGUGCCGCUUCGUAAGGAGUCACAUGAAGGAGGUCGAGCGCGAGGACGGCCGCAAAGAGCUCGUUCUCCUCGGCGGCGCAACGACCCCGACGGCCGAGGGCGCUGAGCCGGAACCAGGGGACGAGCAGCGACCUGGCGUCGUCAACACGGUCGACAGCGCGACCAAGAUCGACCUCAACCGCAGGCGCGUCGACAUGUCCGAGCUCGACAAGUACAUCACCUGGCUGAACGCCGAGGCGAAAACCACCGACGCCAUCCACCAGCGACGCAAGAAGAACCAGCAGCAGCAGCAGGACGAGUCCUCCGAGCUGCAAGACCUGCGUGCCCAGUACACGGAACCCCCUCUGAAGCCGUCGGAAAAGAGGAAGCUUUACUUUGGCCGCGACACGCCCGUCUUGGCCCCGCUGACGACGCAGGGAAACCUGCCGUUCCGCCGCCUCUGCGUCGACCUCGGCGCGCAAUUGACGUACUCGGAGAUGGCCAUGGGCCUCCCUCUCAUCCAAGGCAACAAGACCGACUGGGCCCUCCUGCGGGCGCACGAGUCCGAAAUCGCGCCGCCGACGCUGGAUGCCAGCCGCAGCAGCAGCGUCGUCCAGGGUUACGACAACUCCCAGGACAUCCGGUUCGGCGCCCAGAUCGCAGCCCACCAGCCCUGGAUCGCCAUCAAAGCGACCGACUGCCUCCGCCGCUUCGUGCCGCACCUCCGCGUCAUCGACCUCAACUGCGGCUGCCCCAUCGACAUGGUGUACAAGAGCGGCGGCGGGUCCGGGCUCCUGGAAGCGCACGGCAAGCUGGAGCGCAUGAUCCGCGGCAUGAACGCCGUGUCGGGCGCGAUCCCCGUCACGGCCAAGAUCCGCAUGGGCAUCAAGACCAACCGGCCCAACGCGACCACCGUGCUCAGCAAGCUGGCCUUCGGCGCCCGCGAGACCCGCGACCGCCUCGGCGCCCCCGGCUGCGCCGCCGUCACCCUCCACGGCCGCAGCCGCGAGCAGCGCUACACGAAGCGCGCCGACUGGGCUUACAUCGCCGAGUGCGCCGCCCUGAUCCGGUCGUACAACGACGAGGCGGGCGCGCUCGCCGACACGGUCCGCGAGCCGGACGCCUCGUCCCUCCCCGCCGCGAAGGGCGGGAAGAUGUUCUUCCUGGGGAACGGCGACUGCUACUCCCACGUCGACUACUUCCGGCACAUCGACGAGGCGCGCGUCGACAGCGUCAUGAUCGGCCGCGGCGCCCUCGUCAAGCCGUGGCUCUUCGAGGAGAUCGAGAAGGGCCAGUACCUCGACAAGUCGGCUUCGGAGAGGCUGACGUACAUUGAGACGUUUGUCCGGUACGGUCUCGAGGCCUGGGGGUCCGAUGAGCUCGGCAUCGGCUUUACGAGGCGGUUCCUGCUCGAGUGGCUCAGUUUCACCCACAGAUACGUCCCUAUUGGUAUUCUGGAGCAUUUGCCGCCUUCGUUGAAUGAUCGGCCUCCUCUUUACCGUGGCCGGAACGACUUGGAGACGUUGCUCGCUAGUAACAACUAUAAGGACUGGAUUAAGAUUACUGAAAUGUUUCUCGGUCCCUGUCAUCCCGGAUUCACGUUCCAGCCCAAACACAAGUCCCACGCUUACGAGGCGGAGGGUUAA